CCGGCACCCCCGGGGGAGCGGGAGCGGCAGCAGCGCCCCGGGAGCGGCGGGGCCGGGAGCCCUCAGGAUGUUCCCUCAGGGACGGCACCCGUCCGGGCAGCCCUUCAAGUUCUCGGUGCUGGAAAUCUGCGAGCGAAUCAAGGAGGAGUUUCAGUUCCUGCAGGCGCAGUACCACAGCCUGAAGCUGGAGUGUGAGAAGCUGGUGAGCGAGAAGACAGAGAUGCAGAGGCAUUAUGUCAUGUACUACGAGAUGUCCUACGGCCUCAACAUUGAAAUGCACAAGCAGGCAGAGAUUGUCAAGAGGCUGAGUGCCAUUUGUGCCCAGAUCAUUCCCUUCCUGACACAGGAGCACCAGCAGCAGGUCCUGCAGGCAGUGGAAAGGGCCAAGCAGGUGACCAUGGGCGAGCUCAACAGCAUCGUCGGGCAGCAGCAGCUCCAGCAGCUCUCCCAGCACGCAGCCCCCCUCCCGCUGGCUGCCCACCCCUCCAGCACGCAGCCCCCCAGCCUGAGCACGGCCAGCUCGGGGCUCCUGGCCCUCUCCGGGGCGCUGAUGGCUCAGGUUCAGCUGGCCAAGGAGCACAGAGUGGCCCAGCAUGGGGAGAGCAGAGAGCUCUCCCCAGGCAGGAGCGUUUCAUCUUCCCCUGCCGAGAGCCUGCAGGACGAGCAGCGCAUGGGGCUGAAGAGGAAAAGGGACGAGAAGGAGCUGCCUGGGCAUUCUGACAGCGAUGGGGACAAGAGUGACGACAACCUGGUGGUGGAUGAGACCCACUCAGUGGCCCGCGCUGCCGCCUCCAAGCCCUCCUCUUCCUCACCAGCCCGUGACUCCCUCACGCCUGGCCCCGGACCCAGCUCGGCCAUCGCGCUGCGGCCACCCCCGGGCACCGACAGCGCCACUCCCUGCAGCCCCCUGAGCUCCUCCAGCCCCUCCACGUCCUCCCUGGCCGUGGUGCCCCAGGCCAGCCCCAGCCUCUGCACGGGCACCCAGCUGUCGGUGCCCCAGGCCAGCAGCACCCACGGCCGCUCACCCCUGGUGGCAUUUGAGUCUCACCCUCACCUGAGGGCCUCCACCCUCUCCUCUUCACUCCCUGGAGGGAAAGCUGCCUACUCCUUCCACGUCAGUGCAGACGGGCAGAUGCAGCCGGUGCCUUUCCCCCCCGACGCCCUGCUGGGCUCCGGCAUCCCCCGGCACGCGCGGCAGCUGCACACGCUGAGCCACGGCGAGGUGGUCUGUGCUGUCACCAUCAGCAACUCCACCAGACACGUCUACACCGGGGGCAAGGGCUGCGUCAAGGUCUGGGACGUGGGGCAGCCGGGCACCAAGACGGCCGUGGCUCAGCUCGACUGCCUGAACCGUGACAACUACAUCCGCUCCUGCAAGCUGCUCCCCGACGGGCGCAGCCUGAUCGUGGGGGGGGAGGCCAGCACCCUGUCCAUCUGGGACCUGGCAGCCCCUACGCCCCGCAUCAAGGCUGAGUUCACCUCCUCUGCCCCCGCCUGCUACGCCCUGGCCAUCAGCCCUGACGCCAAAGUCUGCUUCUCCUGCUGCAGCGACGGCAACAUCGUGGUGUGGGACCUGCAGAACCAGACCCUGGUCAGGCAGUUUCAAGGCCACACAGACGGUGCCAGCUGCAUUGACAUCUCCAACGAUGGCACCAAGCUGUGGACAGGGGGCCUGGACAACACCGUGCGCUGCUGGGACCUGCGGGAGGGCCGGCAGCUGCAGCAGCACGACUUCAGCUCCCAGAUCUUCUCCCUGGGCUACUGCCCCAUGGGAGAGUGGCUGGCCGUGGGCAUGGAGAGCAGCAACGUGGAGAUCCUGCACGUCACCAAACCCGACAAGUACCAGCUGCACCUCCACGAGAGCUGUGUCCUCUCUCUCAAAUUCGCCUCCUGUGGGAAGUGGUUUGUGAGCACGGGGAAGGACAACCUGCUCAACGCCUGGAGGGCGCCCUAUGGAGCCAGCAUCUUCCAGUCUAAGGAGUCCUCAUCAGUCCUGAGCUGUGACAUCUCUGUCAACAACAAAUUCAUCGUGACAGGCUCUGGUGACAAGAAGGCCACAGUGUAUGAGGUGGUUUAUUGACUGCUGUCACCAUCAGCAAUGGGGACACACCUUGCCCAAUGCCACCAUGGCUCACAGAGGCCUCCAGUACUGGACCUGCCCUCCUGCAGCUCUACUUUCCCUCCUCCUGCACUGCUUUCUGCACCAAACCAAGGCUCCAGCCCCAUCUCCUGCCCUGGUUCCUGCAGGAGCUGAGGGCUGGGUGUAGCCUGGCGUCCCCUGAGGCUGGGCAAGGGCUGGGCUGGACAUCCUGGGUUCUGUCUGUCCUUCAGGGAGCUGGACAGAGCCUGAGAGCCUGUGUCUCCUGAGUUACUGCUACUGACUUAACUGCACCCAUUUUCUGCUGCACAAACAGCUGUAAAUUAUCAGUAAAGAAAUGUAUUUAAAUAUGUUUUCAAUCCCUUACUAAUAAAAAUGCACAAAAGAA